AUAUGGAGUUUGCAUUUCACUUGCUUCCAUACAUUCUUCAAGUGCCUCCUAGAAAUAAGGAUCGACCGUCUACAGCUGAAGUUGCAGCUCACUUUAUUCAAAUCUUUCCUGAAAUUACAGCUAUGAAGACGAUAAUUGAUGCAAAUAGACAUACCUCUUUCAUGCAUCCAUUUGUUAUUGUACUAGGGGCUCGAGGCAAUUUGAUUCAGUCAUUUAUUUUUAUAGAAAACAAUGUUAUUCCUAUUAGAAAUGGCAUGUUAAGUGCAGUCGACCGUUUGCUGAAACUAUAUUUUGUAAUCGAUAUUAAAUAUGCGAAAGAGUGCAAACAUGUUUUACAUUUUUUGCAAUGUGUAGUUAUGGGUAUUCAUGACGAUUUGCCGUUGUCAAGAGGAGGCAGUGAUCUUUCGUUGUUUGUUAAUGAAAAACUAAGGAGUGGAUAAACUUUUAAAUGUUUUUAUUUUAAAGGGUACGAAAAUAUAUUAUAUCAAGAAAAUAUCACGUACUUUAUAAACAAUCAUGUUUGUAAUUCUGU